GGCUAGGGGACCCCCAAAGCGUGCGUUCCUGGUUUUCCGUCAGGCCGCCGACCUCUCGGGGGUCUCAGGCGGCCACGGUGCGGCUGUGUCCCGGCGGCCGCGGGAGGGGCCGGGGCGGCCGCCAGUGACGCACCGUUGCCAUGCGCCGCCUUAUAAAUAACCGGGCUCAGGAGAAACUUUAGCGAGUCAGAGCCGCGCACGGGACCGGGAAGGGGACCUACCACAGGGUCCAGCAGCCAGCCCCCGCACUAGUAGCAGCCACCCCAGCAGCAGCAGCAGCAGCGGCGGCGGCGGCGGCGGCGGCAGAAGCGAAGCGGCAACACAGCGGCCACAGUUCGCAGCGAGGAGGCCGCGCCACCUGCGGGCCGGCCGGAGCGGGCAGCCCCCAGCCCCCUCCCCGGGCACCCGCGUUCAUGCAACGCCUGGUGGCCUGGGACCCAGCAUGUCUCCCCCUGCCGCCGCCACCUGCCUUUAAAUCCAUGGAAGUGGCCAACUUCUACUACGAGGCGGACUGCUUGGCUGCUGCGUACGGUGGCAAGGCGGCCCCCGCGGCGCCCCCCGCGGCCAGACCCGGGCCGCGCCCCCCCGCCGGCGAGCUGGGUAGCAUCGGAGACCACGAGCGCGCCAUCGACUUCAGCCCGUACCUGGAGCCGCUGGGCGCGCCGCAGGCCCCGGCCACGGCCACGGACACCUUCGAGGCGGCUCCUCCCGCGCCCGCCCCCGCGCCCGCCUCCUCCGGGCAGCACCACGACUUCCUCUCCGAUCUCUUCUCCGACGACUACGGGGGCAAGAACUGCAAGAAGGCGGCCGAGUACGGCUACGUGAGCCUGGGGCGCCUGGGGGCCGCCAAAGGCGCGCUGCACCCCGGCUGCUUCGCGCCCCUGCACCCGCCGCCCCCGCCGCCGCCGCCGCAGCCCUCCGAGCUCAAGGCGGAGCCGGGCUUCGAGCCCGCGGACUGCAAGCGGAAGGAGGAGGCCGGAGCGCCGGGCGGCGGCGGCGCAGGCAUGGCGGCCGGCUUCCCGUACGCGCUGCGCGCCUACCUCGGCUACCAGGCGGUGCCGAGCGGCAGCAGCGGGAGCCUGUCCACGUCCUCGUCGUCCAGCCCGCCCGGCACGCCAAGCCCCGCCGACGCCAAGGCGCCCCCGGCUGCCUGCUACGGGGGGGCGGCGCCGGCGCCCUCGCAGGUCAAGAGCAAGGCCAAGAAGACCGUGGACAAGCACAGCGACGAAUACAAGAUCCGGCGCGAGCGCAACAACAUCGCGGUGCGCAAGAGCCGCGACAAGGCCAAGAUGCGCAACCUGGAGACGCAGCACAAGGUCCUGGAGCUCACGGCCGAGAACGAGCGGCUGCAGAAGAAGGUGGAGCAGCUGUCCCGCGAGCUCAGCACCCUUCGGAACUUGUUCAAGCAGCUGCCCGAGCCCUUGCUCGCCUCCUCCGGCCACUGCUAGCGCGUCCCCCGCGCGCGUCCCCCUGUCGGCCGGCCUCCGCGCUGCCGGGCGCGCGGCGGCCGCGAGACUCCGGGAAGCGCCCGCGCUCCCGCUCCCGCCCCCGCCCGUGGUGGCGCCGGCAAAACUUUGGCACUGGGGCACUUGGCAGCGCGGGGAGCUCGUCGGUAACUUUAAUAUUUUAUUAUAUAUAUAUAUCUAUAUUUUUGUCCAAACCAGCCGCAGCUGCAGAUGGGCGCCCGCCCGUGAUAUUUAAAGAAGAAAUGUCUAUGUGUACAGAUGAAUGAUAAACUCUGGCUCUCCCUCUGCCCCGUGUCCAGGCGCCGGCGGGCGGGCCGGUAUCGAAGUUGAUGCAAUCGGCUUCAACAUGGCUGAACGCGUGUGUACACGGGACUGACGCAACCCACGUGUAACUGUCAGCCGGGCCCUGAGUAAUCGCUUAAAGAUGGUCCACCGGGUUGUUGCUGUUGAUGUUGUUUUUGUUGUUGUUUUUUUGGUCUUUUUUUUGUAUUAUAAAAAAUAAUCUAUUUCUAUGAGAAAAGAGGCGUCUGUAUAUUUGGGAAUCUUUUUCCGUUUCAAGCAUUAAGAACACUUUUAAUAAACUUUUUUUUUUUUUGAGAAUGGUUAAAAAGCC